AUGGCUGAUCAGGAUCAUGAUGGAUCACAUAUCAAAGGACUGUUGAUCAACUUCUUGCACUCAUUUUGGCCAUCUUUACUAAAAGUCCUUGAGUUUUUACUAGAGUUCAUCACUCCAAUUGUUAAGGCUACUCAAAAGAACAGUAAUAAUGUUAUAUCUUUCUAUAAUAUGCCUGAGUAUGAGGCAUGGAAGGACAGUCUAGGGCGCAGAGCAAAAUAUUUCAAAAUAAAAUCGUUUCUUGAUGGGAUAUAUUUUGAUUCAAAUGAGAAACAUAUCCCAUAUCUUGAUUUCAUCAACAAGGAGCUUAUCUUAUUUUCAAUGGCUGAUCUUCAAAGAUCAAUCCCAUCAACGGUGGGUGGAUUAAAACCAACAUAUCACCAUGGUGAACAAAGUCUUGUGGGCACCAUCAUUGGCAUGGCCCAAAACUUUGUUGGCAGCAAUAACAUCAACCUUCUUUACCCAAGUGGCCAAUUUGGUACAUGUCAGAUGGGACCAAGGUUGGAGUACUUGAGUGAAGAUGGACAAUCCGUUGAGCCUACUUGGUAUCUUCCAAUUAUACCCAUGGUUUUGGUGAAUGGAAGUGAAGGAAUAGGGACAAGGUGGAGUACUUUUAUACCAAAUUAUAACCCUAGGGACAUUAUUGCAAAUCUGAAACAUGAGGACGAAAAUACCCUCCGCAUCACUGAGUUUCCAGUUAGAAGGUGGACACAGGAGUAUAAGGAGUUUUUGGUGGUUGCUUCAACUGCUGUAAAAGAUAAGGAACCUUUCAUAGAGGAAUACAAUGCUCAUAAUGACGACACAACAGUUAAUUUUCAAAUAAUAAUGACUGCUGAUCAAAUGAGCAAAGCAAGACAAGAAGGGCUGUUGAAGAAAUUUAAACUUACUACUACUUUAAGCACAAUUAGCACUUACCUUAAGUUGUGGUCUGUGUUUUAUGCUGCAAGAAAGCCUUUAGUAGCAGCUAUAGAUGGGCCUGCUUUUGGUGGUGGACUAGAGAUAACACUGGCAUGUCUUCCACGCCUUGUUGGCCUUCCUAAGGCUCUGGAGAUGAUACUGAUGUCAAAACGAGUAAAUGGGAAGGAUGCUUUUAGUAUGUCCCUUGUUGAUGUUGUAGCCCCUGCUGAGGAACUAAUCAGAAGUGCAUCUAGAUGGGGUUUGGAUAUUUCAGAAGCUAGAAAACCAUGGAUUCGUAGCCUUUACAGAACCGACAGACUAGAAGCAUUAAAAGAAGCAAGUUGUAGAGGUGAGUGUGAGUCCCAACUAUAUAAUUCAUCUGUUACAACAAGGGUUUUGGCAGAUAAGUCCCUGAAAAAGGUCCUGUUAACAAUAUUGUUGUUAUGCGACAACCAGGCCUCUGUGGAGCUACAAGGUAUCAAAGGAAUGUGGUCACUAAGAUCAGCAACAGACGACAUUUAUGACACAUUUUUGGUUGUCAGCUUCAUUAGUGAGACUCGAAUAUUGGCAGUGAAUUUAGAGGAUGAAUUAGAGGAAACUGAGAUUGAAGGUUUUUGCUCUCAAGUACAAACAUUAUUCUGUCAUGAUGCUAUCUGUAAUCAACUUGUUCAGGUUACCUCAAGCUCAGUGAGACUGGUGAGUUCAAGUUCAGGAGAGCUACGAAACGAAUGGCAUGCACCCAAUGACUACUCUAUAAAUGUUGCCACUGUUAACGCUACUCCGAUAUUUUCACUACCCGAUUUAAAUCUCAUCACUGAAGAACAUCUAGGUGGCGAAAUAAUACCACGUUCUGUUCUUCUUUGUGCCUUUGAAGGGAUACCUUAG